AUGGACUUGGGACAAACUGAGAAAGCCUCCAAUGAAGCACUGAUAACAGCUUGCUUCCCUGCUGAGGAAGGCUUGUUCGUGUACCGAGGGCUGCAAGUUGCAGAGCAGGCUCAGCGCUCGUCCUUCCAGUGGGAGUGGAAGUGCUGGUAUCUUCUCAAGCUGGCAGUGCUACAUCCUGUCUGCCCUAGGAGAUGGGCACAUUUUCUCCUUCUAACAAGCAGUCAAGGGUUUCGAAGCACAAGGAAAACGGGCCGGCUUUAUGAGUGCAGACUCGCCAGCAGCCCGGACGCAGCUCUGCAGGACGCUGCCCACACCUUAACAGCAGUGUGUGCGUCCGUGUGGGCAGCAAGCGUGGGAGCUAAAAACAGGAUGCUGGGCUGUUAUUACGGAGGAGAAGGAGUCCCUCCUUUCUUCCGCUCGCUGCCUCGACUUGUGGCCUCUCCAGCAGGGGAAGUGAAGGAGCUUCGUGCUGCAGAUGCCGAGCGCCUGCCCGGAGCUGCGGAGCUCCAGGGCGCUCCCGGGGGCUCCAAACUGCUCCCGGGAGCUCUGCAAGCGCCGCGGCAAACCUGGGACCUCGGCCCAGUGCAGGCCACAGCACUAGCAGUGCCAAAGCCAGAGCAGCUUCUGGAAAAUGACUUCAAAACUGUGAGAAAGCYGCUUGUAGAUGCAGUUGUUAUGGUCUUGGAGAGAGAUAUGAGCYGCACAAGAGUGUGGUUUAAUCGUGCCCAAGCUCGAUCCUCUGUCAUCAAAACUGUGGGCUUGGCAGAGGGAGAUGCGGGAGGUGGGAGAGACUCGGGAAUUAGGCGCCCUUGCUUGACAAACUGUGCCUUGAAAGUCUCAGGUGUGGAGCAUGUCCUGAUUGGAAUCAGGGCAUCCCGGCAGGGGACGUCCCUGACGUUCAGGGGGUCACUUGCAUUGGCAGCAUCCUCAGCCCCCCGUCCACGCGGCAGCUUGUGCCAGCGCUGCCCCCGGUGCCACCAGCGCGGGGGACGCAGGAGCCACCGCCGAGCAGCCCAGAGACCCCUGCAGAGGUUCUUAAGCUGGUUGGUUCCGAACCUGCUGUCCAGUUCCCAGCUUGCUUCUCCACAGCUUUCAGUGGACAACAAUAACCGAAACUCACAAUACCAGAGACAACCAGAUGUGCAAGGACAAGUUUGGAAGGCAUGCGGRGACCCUAAAGCCAAACCAUCCUAUCUUAUUGACAAAAACCUGGAAUCUGCUGUCAAAUUCAUAGUCAGGAAGUUUCCAGCAGUAGAAACACGCAACAACAAUCAACAGCUUGCUCAGCUGCAGAAAGAAAAAUCAGAGAUUCUGAAGAACCUGGCGUUAUACUACUUCACGUUUGUUGAUGUUAUGGAAUUCAAGGACCAUGUUUGUGAGCUGCUGAAUACUAUUGAUGCUUGCCAAGUCUUCUUUGAUAUUACUGUAAACUUCGAUUUAACAAAGAACUACCUAGAUUUGAUUAUAACCUACACGACUCUAAUGAUAUUGCUAUCCCGAAUUGAGGAAAGGAAAGCCAUCAUUGGAUUGUAUAAUUAUGCUCAUGAAAUGACUCAUGGAGCAAGUGACAGGGAAUAUCCACGACUUGGCCAGAUGAUUGUGGAUUAUGAAAAUCCUUUGAAGAAAAUGAUGGAGGAAUUUGUACCUCACAGUAAAUCCCUCUCAGAUGCCCUGAUUUCACUCCAGAUGGUCUAUCCUCGAAGAAACCUCUCAGCUGACCAGUGGAGAAACGCACAACUGCUGAGCCUCAUCAGCGCGCCCAGCACAAUGCUUAACCCUGCACAGUCUGACACAAUGCCAUGUGAAUACCUCUCUCUGGAUGCAAUGGAAAAAUGGAUCAUUUUUGGGUUUAUUUUGUGCCAUGGAAUCCUGAAUAGUGAUGCUACAGCUUUGAACCUUUGGAAACUUGCCCUUCAGAGCAGCUCCUGCUUGGCUCUGUUUCGAGAUGAAGUAUUCCAUAUCCACAAAGCUGCAGAAGACCUGUUUGUAAAUAUACGAGGCUACAACAAACGUAUUAAUGACAUCAGAGAGUGCAAAGAAGCUGCUGUAUCACAUGCUGGCUCAAUGCACAGAGAGAGACGCAAGUUUUUACGUUCUGCACUCAAAGAACUGGCAACUGUCCUGUCUGAUCAGCCAGGCCUGUUGGGACCCAAGGCACUAUUUGUAUUUAUGGCGCUAUCCUUUGCUCGUGAUGAGAUUAUUUGGCUUCUCCGUCAUGCAGAUAAUAUGCCAAAGAAGAGCGCAGAUGACUUCAUAGAUAAGCACAUAGCCGAGUUAAUAUUCUACAUGGAAGAGCUCCGAGCGCACGUGCGCAAGUACGGGCCGGUGAUGCAGAGGUACUACGUGCAGUACCUGUCGGGCUUCGACGCCGUCGUCUUGAAUGAGCUGGUUCAGAAUCUUUCAGUGUGCCCAGAGGAUGAGUCGAUCAUCAUGUCCUCUUUUGUAAACACUAUGACUUCGCUGAGUGUGAAGCAGGUUGAAGAUGGAGAGGUAUUUGACUUCAGAGGAAUGAGAUUAGAUUGGUUUAGAUUGCAGGCCUACACUAGUGUUUCAAAAGCCUCACUUGGUCUUGCGGACCAUCGAGAACUUGGGAAGAUGAUGAAUACAAUCAUUUUCCACACAAAAAUGGUAGAUUCUUUAGUGGAGAUGUUGGUUGAAACCUCAGAUCUUUCUAUAUUUUGUUUUUAUAGUCGUGCUUUUGAGAAGAUGUUUCAGCAGUGUUUGGAGCUUCCUUCUCAAUCAAGAUACUCAAUUGCAUUCCCGCUGCUUUGUACUCAUUUUAUGAGCUGCACCCAUGAACUGUGCCCAGAAGAGCGACAUCAUAUUGGAGAUCGCAGUCUUUCCUUGUGUAACAUGUUCUUGGAUGAGAUGGCCAAGCAAGCUCGAAACCUCAUCACGGACAUUUGCACAGAACAGUGUACGCUGAGCGAUCAGUUGCUGCCAAAACAUUGUGCCAAAACCAUCAGUCAAGCGGUGAACAAAAAGUCAAAAAAACAGACUGGAAAGAAAGGAGAACCGGAAAGGGAGAAACCAGGAGUAGAAAGCAUGAGAAAAAACAGAUUGGUUGUGACAAACCUGGACAAACUGCACACUGCACUUUCUGAACUCUGCUUCUCAAUCAAUUACGUACCAAACAUGGUGGUUUGGGAACACACAUUCACCCCAAGAGAAUAUUUAACGUCUCAUCUGGAAAUUCGCUUUACCAAGUCAAUUGUUGGAAUGACUAUGUAUAAUCAAGCAACACAAGAGAUUGCCAAGCCUUCAGAGUUGUUAACCAGUGUAAGAGCCUACAUGACAGUCCUCCAGUCGAUAGAAAACUAUGUACAGAUCGACAUCACGCGAGUAUUUAACAAUGUUCUUCUUCAGCAAACCCAGCAUUUAGAUAGUCAUGGGGAGCCAACCAUUACCAGUCUGUACACAAAUUGGUAUUUGGAAACUUUGCUAAGGCAAGUCAGCAAUGGUCACAUAGCCUAUUUUCCUGCCAUGAAGGCAUUUGUGAAUUUGCCAACAGAAAAUGAGUUGACAUUUAAUGCUGAGGAAUACUCCGACAUAUCAGAAAUGAGAGCCCUCUCUGAACUUCUGGGACCAUAUGGCAUGAAAUUCCUAAGUGAAAGUCUGAUGUGGCACAUUUCUUCACAAGUUGCUGAGCUUAAGAAACUUGUGGUGGAGAACGUUGAAGUUCUAACACAAAUGAGGACCAGCUUCGACAAACCAGACCAGAUGGCAGCUCUCUUCAAAAGAUUAUCAUCUGUUGACAGUGUUUUGAAGAGAAUGACGAUUAUUGGUGUGAUCUUGUCAUUUCGAUCAUUGGCACAGGAAGCACUUAGAGAUGUUUUAUCCUAUCACAUUCCUUUCCUUGUAAGUUCAAUUGAAGACUUUAAGGAUCACAUUCCAAGAGAGACUGAUAUGAAGGUGGCAAUGAAUGUAUAUGAAUUGUCAUCAGCUGCAGGAUUGCCUUGUGAGAUUGAUCCUGCCUUGGUUGUAGCACUGUCUUCCCAAAAAUCAGAAAACAUUAGUCCAGAAGAAGAGUAUAAAAUUGCUUGCCUCCUCAUGGUCUUUGUAGCAGUCUCUUUGCCAACUUUGGCCAGUAAUGUGAUGUCUCAGUACAGCCCUGCCAUUGAAGGGCACUGCAACAACAUACACUGCUUGGCAAAAGCUAUCAACCAGAUUGCUGCAGCUUUGUUCACCAUCCACAAGGGAAGCAUUGAAGACCGUCUUAAAGAAUUUUUGGCUCUUGCAUCGUCUAGUCUGCUGAAGAUUGGCCAGGAGACUGACAAAACUACUACAAGGAACAGAGAAUCUGUUUACUUGCUACUAGACAUGAUUGUGCAGGAGUCUCCAUUCCUGACAAUGGAUCUCUUGGAGUCUUGUUUCCCUUAUGUCUUGCUGAGAAAUGCAUACCAUGCUGUCUACAAACAAAGUGUCACGUCCUCUGCCUAAGUAUCUACUUACUGGAGAUAAGACAUAGCACGCGUCCAUGUGGCCUCAGUUUUAUCUGUAAACUGUGGAGCUAUUUUACUUUAUGGCCUGAUGAACAGUUUUGUGGAUUAUAAACUUUUUCCAUAAAGUUGUAUUUCUGAUCAGUGGUUUCUUAAUAUGGUUGUACUACAAUAUAAGCUUGGUUGAUUUUUAGGUUGCACAUUCAUGAAGACUUUUCUCUUUUUUCUUUUUUGGCAUCAGUUAUGUUUAAAAAAAUACUACUUCUGCUAUAUGUUUUUUGAUAUUGAUCAUGCAAAACAAUAAUUGCUUGUUUAUUUCCGAGAAGAAGAAAAUGUAUUUAGUGAUUAUUUUAGAUAGUGUAGGUUUCAUCUGUGUGUAAAUUAUUUCAUAUAGGGAGAGUUAUAAUCUUGUACCUAUUGUUCUUAUUGAAAACAAAUAUUGGAUGUGCAUUUCUGUGAAGUAAUUACAGCAUUUCUACUUUUAUUUGAGAUAUUCACCGAACUAUAUACUAUGACACUAUCUAACAUGAAAAAUGUUAUAGGACUCCCUCAGAUGGCAAUCCUCCUCCAAUGUUCUUAAACAACAGCAAGUGGUGUUGUUUGUAUAAAGCAUAGUGGAAAUUUUUUUUAAACUAACUUCUGUGGUGCCCUGUUGGCAUUAACACUACCAUUGUACCCUGCUGUAUAAUAAACAUUCUUACACAUUUAUCACAUGUUGAUAAAUUAACCCUUAACCACUUUUUAUAUGUUUUAAAUUUUGAAAUUCAAGUGUACCUUCCAUAACAUACAAUAAACACUAGACUGUAUUA